CGAACCUUCUCACAGUUGGCCCUUUCGGAAAACUUUGAUCAGUUUUCACUCUUCGUUUCUAUUCAUGGUGGUUUUUUAUUUAUCUCCUUUUCAUGGUUCCACGGCAAUUCACUUUCAUCCCCACUGGCGACCGGCGGGCGAGAUCGAGCGAUGGGAGGACAUGUGAAUACGGCCACUGGAUCCGGUACAAUACAUUCUACGGCUUGGUGAUCACGACUACGUUAGCGUCCCUUCUCCUAGCGGCGGACUUCUUCCAAUGGCGCGUGACUGGAUACUUCUUUCGCGUUGCGAAUAGUUUUCCAGCAUCUGUCGCGCUUUCAGUGCAAAUGCUUGCCGCUUUCUUUGGAUUGAUUCACGUCGCAGUUAUAUGCAGACUGAUCAACUUUGCGCUCCGCAUCCGCCUGACGAAGGAAAGUGUGACCUUGGAUGUCUUGCGUACUUGGGUGGACAUGAGCAUUCCUCGACUUGAUUGGGACUUGCCCCUCCGUUUCUUCUUCCCCGUCGUGUUUAUUGUGUUUCUGAGUCUAGUUCCUGCUGCGUUAUGGGCUGGCUCCAUUACACCACUUCUGGCCGCUAGCACAACAACUGCCAGCCUCUUAAUACCAAGCUAUGAAGAUGUCUCAAUGAUCAAAGAAUACCCCUCAGAACUCGGAAAAGGAGGUCCAUCGCUUCGCAACUCAAAAGGGCUCUUCACCUACUCUGUUGGAACCCAGCACAUCGGAAAUAUUCUCUCGUCCGCCGCCUCUGCUUCCUCUGUCGGGAAAACCUCGAAGUUCCGUAGCCAUCCCAAAUUUGACAACACGCAAUUCAGCUACAAAGGUCGCUCCUAUGGGGUAGGCGCUCCUGUAGGCCUCACUGAUGUCUUCAUAUCCUCAAACAGGCAGGCCGCUGGGUAUGUUUACCAAGAAGAAGGAUAUCUCACAAACGUUACCUGCCGCUACAACACGACUUCGGACUUUAAGCUUUCCGGCCCUGUGAAUGAAUGGAUUUACGCCGCUUCUGGAAAUUUACCGGACAGUUUUGAAGGCGAAGAGUAUUCCAACUACAUCGGCCACGACGAGAAAGCAAUCGUUGCAAUGGGUGUAGCUUUUAGCGACCAUUCUCCACGCCGCUACCUUGCCAUUACAGCCGGUGAAUCCUACGGUUUCCUGAACAAUACUCAAUGCGAGUUCGAUUUUACACCAACUCUCUUCAAUAUUUCCGUGGACCUGUCAAAUUUCAAUAUCAGUGUGUCCCCUCUGAACACUGUACAAGACUUCAACCCGCAGCGCAAUCUGACCCGAACCAUGGUACGCCAAUUUGAAUUGAUAUCUAACGACCUAACGAAUCUGUAUGUCUCGCUUCUGGGCGAUGCAUUCAACUCGAGCAUUGCGGCAUUUAACAUGUCACAAUCUACGUCAAAUCGGAAUCCAUUCUCCGAGUCCGAGGCUACGCUUGGAGGUGUAACAAAUUCAAUCACCGCGAUGGCAGAUGAUAUGCUAGUCGCGUAUGCCUCUGCCCAGCUUAUGACCGGCCAUCUUUUUACAACACAAACCGCACGAGUAUACGUCUACGCCAUACGCUUUGGACAACCAGCAUACAUCUACGCUAUUUUCGGCCUUAAUCUCUGCAUUAUUGUUGCUGUAGCAGCUGAAGCGGUCCGGACAAGAGGUUGGAAAAGGUUAGGCCGAUUUAACUAUCUCGAUCCGCGGGACUUGAUUGUUGCUGCGUCGCGCGGAGGUCACGGGGUUGCAGAUGCGGGUGAUGCGAUGGCUCAAGAAGAAAAUAAGAAGACUAUGAAGCGGGUGUGGCUUUUAAGUGAUCCAGACGAGGGCAAUGGUGCGCUGGCUGUUAGAAUGCAAGGCGAUGAUCACGGUCAUGUAUCGAUUGUGCUAGCCGGCGAGAAUAGUGUGCCUAUUGCGCAUUUAGAGGAGGCUGAAGAGGAGUAUGUCAGAAGGGUGGAGAAGGGAGAGGCACAGCAACCAAAGAAGUGGAGACAGAGGAGACGGUUCAUGAUGUUCAACUUCAUUUAAUGUUUGUUCUUAGGCGUGGCUCAAGGAGGAUAUGAUUUUCGUCACCGGGUUCGAUUUUAUUUUCUAACGUCUAAUUUCACUAGCCAUUCUCGUGGCCAAGUCGUGUUAUAAUAGGCUUGAAGCGGCUGAUUUCUAGUGUGCUAAGAUACGUAGAAACACCCGCCAAGGCCGCGAAAUAUUCCUGCAUUUA